CUGUUUGAGAAAGGCGAUCAUCAUCAUGAUCAUGCUUCAGCCUCGGCGUACGACACCGCAUGGGUGGCAAUGGUUCCAUCUCCCAACAACAAGCCGUCGUCCCCGCAGUUCCCCGGGUGCCUCAACUGGAUACUCCACAACCAGCACAAGGACGGCUCUUGGGGGAUUCACCCUAAUUUGCUCCGGAAGGACGCACUCUCCUCCACUUUAGCUUGCGUCCUCGCCCUCAAGCGCUGGGGCAUUGGUAACCAACAUGUCCACAAUGGUACGUCUCGUAGCUCGGGCUGUCUGCGGGAUUCGAGGCAGCAAAACCCCGUCGGGUUCGACGUGAUAUUUCCGGCAAUGGUUGAGGCCGCUGCCGUGGAUUUCGAUCUCAGUCUCCCACUGGACGCCGGAGUCGUAGACCCUAUGCUUCGGAAAAGGGACGACUGGUUGCGAAUGAUGAUGACGACUUCUUCUUCUUCUUCGCGUUCCAAGGGACACAACGCCUACCUGGCAUACAUCUCGGAAGGGAUGGGGAAUUCCCGACGCCACUGGCAGACUGCGCUCAGCUUCCGGCGGAGCAACGGCUCUAUUCUCAACUCGCCCUCCGCAACCGCCGCCGCCUUCAUUCACCUCCGCGAUUCCAACUCCCUCGAUUAUCUUGCAUCAAUAUUUGAUGAUGAUCAUCUCCUUCUCCCCGCCGCCGGAGUCGCAGCAGUUCCAACCAGUUACCCACAUCAAGUUCAAACUCGGCUGAGCCUGAUUGAUGGAAUUCAGAAUCUGGGAAUUCAACACCACUUCCGCGACCAAAUCAAGCGGGGUUUGGAUGAGAUCCAUACAUGCUGGGUGCAGGGAGACGAGGAUAUAUUCUUGGAUCCCACAACUUGUGCCAUGGCAUUCAGGAUACUCCGACUCAACGGAUACCCAGUUUUCCCUGGUAAUUAA